GAAGUUGUAAAUACAUGAAUAAAUACCUACAAAGAUAUUGGUAGGCAAUACAGAAACAUCAAAGAUAUAUUCGCAGUUACACAAGAUUAUAUAAAUGUCUGUUUAUAUGGAUUUAAUACAAUAUACAAUUUUAUGAACACUAUUUUUAGGGAAGAAAAAAGGAAGAGAAGUAUAAAGGGAAUUUGAUUUUGUUCGUUGACAUAUAAGAAUUAUAUUCAAUUUUCCACAAUACAAAAAAAAACUAACUUACCUUGAAAAGAUGUUAAAUGUCAGACCCCUUCAAGUUAAACUCGCAGGGAACUACGAGAAAAUCCAGUUCAGAAGACAUGAAUAGGUACAUCAUAGGAUAAGACAUUUUUUGCAGGGGAUUUUUUUAUGCUCUUCAUACAGUGAAAAUUAUAACAAACGAUUAUCUAAAAAAUUAUUGAAGAUAUUCAAAAAAAACAUUCUUUUAGAUUUUUAUUAUAUAAAAAUCUGUAUAUACUAGGAAAAUUCCCAACCACAAAAAAAUUGUUAAUUUUCAUGAAGAAACGAGAUGGAACAUGUUGAACAUUGUUACAUAGGCGAUUUUCAAUAAAUCAAAAUGUUACAAAUAUUUCCUAGAAUCGAUUUCAGAAAUUAUUCCAAAGUAUCUGUAUACAAGUAUCGUAUUAAAGACAAAGAAAAACAAUGAAGUUAUUUAAACGAGAGAGAUUCAAACUUUCCAUAAAAAAAAAAAAAAAGGAAAAGAUUCUCUCGUUAUUAUCACAUGCAAUAUGUUACUACCGUUUUUAUGAUUCAGUCAACCAAUAUAUCUACCAUAUAUACUUUCAUUCAUAAAUACGUGAUGACAUUGUAACGUAAUGACAUAGUAAACAAUGGCUGAAAAGUGUUGAUUUGAUAAAAACAAGAAUCAAUUAAUAUAUAAAAAAAAAAAAGAAAGAAAGAAGAAGUAAGAAUAAGAGUCAAUUGAUUCUACGAGACAACUUUGCACGUUUUUGACCUAGACAGAUGCAAAUAUGUAAUAUCUUCCUUUUUUCUUUUCACUCUCUCUCUCUCUCUCUCUCUCUCUCUCUCUCUCUCUCUGUCUCUAUCUCUAUCUCUCUCCGUCUUUCUAUUUGUCUGUCUCUCUUUAUCUUAAAAGAGAUCCCCGAGAGGUCCCGCGUGAGUAUUCUCGGCGUUGGAAGCAGUACGCAUGCGUCUGUAAAACCGUUUCGACCGCACCGCUCGAGAUGCGGAUAAAGCGGUGCAUCGCGUCUGGGUUGACUUCAGGACCACACGACUAGAGGUGCCUAGGUGUUGUAUAUAAACUGUUAACUCGUCGAUGAGGAAGGCAAUUAGUAGAAGAAAAAAGCAAAGCGUUAAGAGAAAAAGGAGAGAAAAAGAAAAACGGGAUUGGCAAAUGAAUAACGACAAGGAGGAGGAAAUACUUGGAAUUCUUUCAAUCUUUAUUUGACCAAAAGAAAAGUAAGAAAAAUCUGUUAAGAGAAAUAGAAGAAAAAUAAUAACAAACAUAUCCAAGAAGUUUAUAGUGUUUCUUCUUAUUUUGUGUGAGAAAAAUUAUUUAUUGUAUUGGACACGAUUGUUUUAUUCUUGAGAAGAGUAAAAGAAAUAUUUAGGGGAUGAGCUGAUAUAAUUCUGUUCGGAUUUUAAGAGAAAGAGAGAGAGAAAGGGAGAGAGAGGGAGAAGGAGAGAGAGAGAGAGAGAGAGAGAGAGAGAGGGAGAAGGAGAGAGAGAGAGAGAAAGAGAGAGAUAGAGAGAGAGAGAUAAAAGGGGAGAAGGAGAGAGAGAGAGAGAGAAAGAGAGAGAUAGAGAGAGAGAGAUAAAAGGGGAGAAUGAGAGUGGUCGUCAAAAUGAUAGUGAUUAUAUCUACUGAUAUCACUUCGUUAUCAAUAAAAUAAACGUUUAGGAAUGAUAGACGGGAAAAAAGAAGAUAAAGAUAGGAAUAUUAUAGGCAGAAAUAUCUGUUAGGACGAGAUGAAAUCGACAAGGUAUUGAGUGCAAAAUAUGCUUUGGAGAGUGACGAAGAGUAAAGAAGAAUUUUCACCAGGCCCAUUAACGUUUAAUCGAAAAUUUUUUGAAAAUAAGAGAUAACGAACUUCAAAAACCGGCUGAAGAAUGAAGAAAAGAUUGCUUUUCGGUUUUGUAUGUGCCGUAUUACUUUUUAUCGUAAUGACAUCGAACGAUAAUACUAUCGUGCAAAAGGUUACAAAUUUUAUUGUAACAGACAACAAUGAUGUUUCAUGUUACGAGAUCUCCAAUACUUAUGGUUUUCCUCACUUGGAGUCUGAUCGUGAGAAACCUAUACUCGGGAAGAAUAUAUUUUUCCAUGAGACAUCCUGUUUUGGUGAAAAAGGAAUCGUUUUGAAUCCACGUCAGGCUUGUGCUGUGGAAUCGGCGGCUCUCAUGAAUCCAGAAAGUACAAUUUAUCUUUUAUUUCUUAGUCCUUCGUCAAUAUCCUUGGAAACGAAAGAAAUGAUAAAGCAAUUGUCGAGUUAUCCAAACGUCAAGAUUAGAAGGAUUUUCCCAGAAGCUUAUAUGAAAGAUACACCGUUGGAAGAUUGGUAUAAAAGUGGUACUCUGAUGAAGAGUAAAUGGAAGCGUAGUCAUAUGUCGGACAUUUUGAGAUAUUUGACUCUUUGGAAAUAUGGAGGAAUAUAUCUUGACUUGGACGUCGUCGUUACGACGUCAUUGGAGAAUUUAACAAAUUUUGCUGGUGCUGAGGAUUGGGAUGAUGUAGCAGCCGGUGUGUUGGGUUUUAGUUCGAACAUUCUUGGACGUCGUAUGGCAGAUGCUUGCCUUCGUGAUUUGAAAAAAAAUUUUCGUGGUAAUGAUUGGGGUAACAAUGGACCUGGCGUUAUUACGAGAAUUCUACAAAAAAUAUGUUCUACCAAAUACACUCGAGAUAUGUCGGUGUCACGUUGCCACGGCUUCAAAGUUUUUCCACCCUCUGCUUUCUAUCCGAUUCAUUACAAAAAGUGGAAAAAAUAUUUCGAGAAGGAAAAGAGCAAUUCAACGAUGGAGAUAUUGAAGCAAGCUCGAGCGAUACACGUGUGGAAUAAUCUCAGUAAAUCGACAAAAAUUCAUGUGAAUAGCAACGUUCCUUACAUCGUUAUAGCUCGCAAAUAUUGUCCGAAAGUAUUUUCGAACUGUAAUGAUACCUUCUAAAAAAUCAGACAAGAAAUCAAGGAAGUGAAUUUCUACUGAUCUCGAUUACUGUUAUAAUAAUCGUUUACUUUAUUUUUAUAACUUUUAUUAAGAAUAUUUUUUUUAUCACUUUUCUUUUUUAUCACAUAACGAAGAGAUAAGUAUGGUAUAGAAAAAAAAAGAAAAAGAAUAAAAUUAAUUCUUCUUUUAUAAUUUUUUUUUAUUACAACGAACGUAAUUUUAUUAUGAUUAAUUUUUAUUAUAAUAUUAAAAGUUAACAAUUUUACAAACGUUUUACAUACGAGAAGUGGAUAAAAAAUGAUAAAUAAAUAAGAAAAAAAUAAAAUAAAAUAAAAGUAUUGAAAAAAAGAAAGAAAGAAAGAGAAUAGAGAUGGGACACAAUAAUAAUACUAAGGAGAUAAUAAAUAAGAGACUUAAUGUAUUAUGCAGAAAAGAUUUUCGCGGAUGUUUAUGAAAUUUAUUUUGAUUAAAAAUGAAAUGAUUAGAAGAUGGAGAUAAGAACUUUUAGAUAUGAAUUGUAACUUUUAGUUAAUGAAUUGUAAAAUGAAUAAUUAGGAUAUAUAAUGUCUUUUUUAAUUGGAGUGACAAUUAAAUAAUUUAUUUAUUAAGAAGGAAGUUAAAUCUUCGAAUUGAAUGGUCAACAGAGUAAAAUUAAAGUAUCUAGUACUUCUAAUUGAAUGGAAUGAAUGUAUGUGGAUAGACAUUUUCUAAUAGAUAGAAAAUAUUAUGAAGCAAUAGAUAUGUGAAAAAUAAGUAUGAAAAUAUGUGAUGACGUAGCAUUUUUACGAAGAAUCGAUUUUCAUGGUGUUGUCCUAAUAAACAAUAUUAAUUAAAAAAGAGAAAGCACGAAAGAUUAAUAGCGAACUUGACGAAGAAGUGAGAAAAAAUGAUAUAAAUAAGUAUGACAAUCCUCUUCUACGUCUCUCAUAUGUAAUUAUCAUACUCAAGGAAUUAAUGUUUAUCCUCACUAAUCGCAAGAUUGCGAUCAAUUGACAACAUGUUACACAAGUAGAAUAGUUUGAUUUAUUAUCCCGUUGAUUUUCGAUCCGUCAUUCGUUUCAUAAAAUUUUCUAAUUUAUUGAAUUUUUAAAUUACUUAAAAUUCUUUUAUUAUUGUAUUUAUUUAUUAUUUGUAAAAACUUGUUAUAUUUUAUAUUAGAAUAUCGUUUCUUUUCUAAGUAAAAUAAGAAAAAAGAGAAAAACAAAGAAUUAUUUAUAACGUUAAAAAAUUUAAUUGAAAUGAAAAGAAUAUAUAUAUAUUUUUUCAUUUCAAUUAAAUUUUUAUUCAUUCAAUUUUUUUCAAUUUCAUUUCAAUUAAAUUACACAUAUAUAUAUAUGUAUAUUAUAUAUAUAUAUACAUACAUACAUACAUACAUAUAUAUAUAUAUAUAUAUAUAUAUAUAUAUAUAUAGAUAGAUAAACGUCGUAUUAAUGUGCCAUUCGUGUCGUCGAUUAUUGGAUAAUUAACCGCUUGCUCUUUAUCAUAAGCGCUUAUCACUUUAGUGAAAUAUCAAUAGCGGUAAUAUAUCAGUAUUAAACCAAUAAUCGGACCAUGUUCCUAAAGAGCUUGACACAGCAUAUAAAGAAACGGAGUAAGAUUAAACUCUUGUAUUCUGUUUUCUAAAAUUCUAUGUUUUUUGUAAAUAAAUGAAGAGAGAGUUUCUCUCAGAUAUAAUGCGAUUGUGUUUAAUCUCUUGAACCGAACGAUAUCUUUUUUCUUUUAUUUUCUGAAACUCAUGAAAAAACAAUACAUUAACUCAUUUACAUUCGUAAGCGGGAUAAUCCGCCUAUCGCGAUUUUCAAUUAUCAAGACCCGUGGAAUAUUCCGUUCUCGAUAACAAUAUCCCGUCACCAUAAAAUAUUUCGGUAAUGUCUUAUGAGCAAUAUAUUUUUAUUAUAUUUUUCCUUAUUUAUUGUUCUUCAGAUCUUUUUAAUUACAAUUAAUCCGUUUAAGUAUAGAUAAGAACAUAGAAAUUCUAUACUUCAAGAACAUUAUAAGUACGUUAUAGCGAUUCUAACAAUCUACUGAUAAAAAUUAAAUAUUAAAAAAAAAUUAAGUAUUUAAAUGUAAAAAAUUUCAUACGUAUGUAUAAUCCGCAUAAAAAUAUUUCCAUUAAUGAAUCAUUAAUGCAAUGUAGAAGCCGUUUGUAUUACAUACAAUUUAUUCGAGCCAAACGAGUGAGAUUUGGUAUUAAAUUUUAUAAAUCAUGUAACUGUGAAACAAAAAAAUAUAUAUAUAAGAUUUCAAAAUAUACAUUGGAAAAGACAAAAUUGAUUCUGAAUCUGUUAAUAUAAAUGUCGUGAUGAAUUUAAUGAAAGAGAGUGAACUAUUGCAUCAAGGAUACUGUCUUUACAUAGAUAACUGAUACAGUUCACCGAUUUUAUAUCGUGAACUGUAUAAUAUGCAAGCAAAUAUUAAAAUUUUGAAACCAACAACAGUAAUAGAUUAUAGUAAAAAUAUGGAUGGAUUUGAUAAAGGGGACCAAAUGUUAAUUAAAUUUCAAAAAAUACGCAGAUGUAAGAAAGUGUAUAAAAAAAUAUUUUCUUAUUUUGUGGAUAUAAUGCAGUUAAAUAAUUAUAUCCUCUUUAAGAAAAAAUAAAAAGGAUCGAACUUUCCAUAUUUACAAGCAAAAACUAGCGGAAGAAAUUAUUGCCAAGCGUUUAAAAAAUAAAAAGAUAAGGGAAAAAAAGAAUAAAAAUAUCAAAGUGAUACAGUGUACGUUUAUAUAAGUUCCUUAAAAGAGAAACUAUUUUAAAAUGUGAUAUUUGUGAUGUAUCGUUAUGUAUAUAUCAUUUUAAAGAUUAUCAUAUUAAUUAAAAAAAAUCUACAGAUUAUCUCAGUUUAUUUAUUGUACAAAUGUAUAAUAUAAUCUUUUGUUUGAUCAUUGUACAUAAUUUCUAAGUUAAAAUUAAUAAUAAACAAAAAUAUAAGAACUAUCGUUGCAUGAUUUUACGCGGUGAUAUGGGCCGAUUAUUAAUUGAACGUCUCGGAUGAAUAAUGUUAGUAGUAUAUUUAGAACUAUGAUAUAAAUGGAUUAAUAAUAAUAAUAAUAAUAAUAAUAAUAUUAAAAACAAAUAAAAAUCUCGAUCGUCUCUAAUCGGAAAUGAUCAAAAGAUUUCCUUUAUUAUUGGAUGAAAUGAAUAAAAAAAAAAAAAAAUAAUGAAUAACAAAAGAAAGUGAUAAAAAGGGAAGAAAAGAUAUCAAGAAUGACACUAAUUCCGCACGUGCAGA